AAGAAACAGGAGUUGCUUUUGGAAGUGUACUAGGCCUAGAGAAACUAAGUUUUGGUUAGAUUUGGAGUAACAUUUUACCACUGGAUAACCCGUCGUGGCUCAUCUAUUCGCGUUCGUUUGGGCGGGCGAUAUGUAUUCUCAUUGUCUUCAUCGUCGAGGAACCGCGCGGGGUCAUUGUUAUUCCUACACCGCUCGUUCAUGAUUAGCAGGUGAGUAUUAUCGCCAGUAGUGCGAGAGGAUCAGCACGAAGAUGAUGUCGUCACAUGAUUUUGAUUCAGCGUGCGGCACGACGCAUGAUCAUGAUAACCACCCUGCUGCGAACGAACAAGUAGAAUAUGCUGCUGCGGAGGCCGUGACAACUUCUCCCGUUCUAGUAUCAGGAGGGCAGGGGCAGGGCCAGGAUGCUGGAGCUCGUACCAACAUCUGCGCCCCUGCAGCCGUUCGUGUGCCGGUUCGGUGGACAAGCCUUUUUCUCCAAGCGCUGAACGAGGCAGACAAGGAUUUACUACAUCCUGCGAGGAAAAUCAUGUUGCCUGAUCAGCAUAAGAGCCUGUACGAUUAAUCGACCCCCUUCUCGAUACCGAGAAGCCCCCCCGAGUCCGAAUUCUGACCGACCUUACCCCCCCACGCCCCCCUUCUCGAAAUCGGGGGGCUGUUUAUCGCGAACCCCGAUUCCGAAUCCUAACGCCGACGCUACGGCGCAUCUUGCGCCAACUAUUGCUUCUCUUCAGCUUUCAAAACCACGGCCGCAGGCGCGGCCCCACUGCUCUUUAGAGGAUGACUCGCAUCGAGAGAAACCCACACGGAACCCGCGCACUGUGUCGCGUUUUGCUCUUUCUGUCGGUUUUUUUUGAGCAAGCAGAACCCAGCGAAUUUUCGCCCGACUUGCUCGGCAGCUUGUAGCCAUCUGCCUCCUUCCAUGUCCCGCACCGUUCUCGCUAAGAAGAUCAGGCCGUCAUCUUUCGGAGAGCAGUAGCGCAGCGAGUUCGCAACAGAUGCGCUCCACGCGCAGUAAAACUUUUCCACUGCGUGGCGGAUAAUUGGAUCUCUUGAUCUUGUGUACUAAAACAAGAACAGACCUACUCUGCUGUAGAUCUCGGAAAUUCUUUGGCGCAGCUUGCGGCCUUUUCUUUGGAAUGGGCCCUAUUUGCGCUUCUUUCGAAAAACGCACCGCUCCUCUUGUUCCUCUUCUUGAAAGGCCGCACGUCUUGAAAAAAAGUCACCGAAGCACAGCAGGAGAGUGAAGACAACUUUUGCCAUUGCCCCAGUGAGCUCGGCUUCUUUAGAAUUACGCAGCGCGGUUCGGUUUAAAGUGGGCGCCUACCUCCUCCGCGUGGGGUUUUGCUUUGCAGUGUGUAGAUGGAUUAGUGCGAAGGCGGGCGGUCUUCAGAUUCAUUAUUUUCUGGCGCUCCUAUUUAUUGGCUCUAGUUUGGUUCUAGGGUGGCAAUCAAGAAGUCGCAGUCGGAUCAGAAACUAGAAAACCAGACAGAAGUCAGUCGCGGAGCCGAGGCGGCAGCCACGACAGCGCCGGCGUGGGGAUUUCUGCUUAUUUCUGCUCUGGCUUUUUAGAAGUGGCUGCGCCGGAAAUAGAAUUAGAAGCCGCGCCGGGUAUACGUGGAAACCACGCUACUAGCCAACCACGCUAGCGCACGGCAAUAAGAACGCAAGACCAGCGCACACCCAUACUCUUUGGAUUUGCCAAGUCCUAAUCCCUGGCGCUACGGGAGGGGAAGCUCCGCGCUCACGUUUUGGAUUUGGCGGCGAAUUGAGCCAGACUGAGUCGGCUACUUUUUGGGAGGCCGGACGACCGACCAUACCUACCCCCCCCUUCUCGGUACCGAGAAGGGGGUCGAUUAAUCGUACGGGCUCUAACAAAACGAAGAUUCGUCAAGCUGACUGCCAUGUCGAAGUUGAUCCAGGAGGAACAAGUAGAACCACGACAGAAAAGACAAACUCAAAUUCUCUUGGUAGAUGUGGAGCGCGACCACUUCCACUGACACCAGAUGAAAACCACAAGUCUUACUACCAAUUCCAGAAAUUCCAUUUGGAGUCCAAGCUGUAUAGUAGCAACGUGCUGAAGAAGAGCCGCUACGUUCGAUGCGGAAGUUUUUGUUCAUCUGGUAGCACCACGAAUAACGCAGAAGUAGAGGGAGCACCAGAAGAUCCACGAAGACAAGCCGCAGUAGACCUAGACCUCGGCGUAUCCUGAGAAAAAAGUGUUACUGUUACACAUAAUUGUCUUGCAGGCCAAGCAAGACAGACAAGCUUUGUCAUGCCGGAUAUGCAUAGGAGCCUCCUUUCAUAGGUGUUUUCCCGUGUGAUUUCUGCAUUGCAAGUUUUCUCUCUCAUGCAGAGAAAUUUGUGUUGCUGAAUUGACAACAAAUGUGUAAAUGUAACACUUUUUUCGCGCGAUACGGCGAGUGCGAAGCGACCCGGGACCGCUUGAUUCUGCUUUCCUUGGACGGCGGUAAAAGGCUGGCCGCGGAGCUAGAAGAAGUGCGCUCGACGUCCGUGCCGCUAAAUGUUGAACUACAUGCGGUGAAUAUUUGGCCGCAGACCACAGACCCUGAGGAGCCACGGCCUGCUGGCGUGUUGGAUAGAUUUUUGCAGAACUACGGGUCGUUGUUUUCCAAAAGCGAACGUACAAAAGUGAAGGAGCUAAAGCCAAAAACUCGUGAAGAUGAGAGACGUCGAGAUCAUCUUUACGUCGAUGAUGAUGAUCAUUCUGAAGACUCCACGAUCGCUCCUCUGAGCCCGCCGAAAACGGCACCUGCGGUUGCGGACGCGGCAAACACAACAAGAAGGGACUGCGAAGACGGUGAUGUUGAAACGACCACUAACAAUAUGUUCGCCGGAGGAAAUCUAAAUUUGCUAGUGCCGCGCGGUAGAAAGGAUAGCACUUGUAACAAUGAUCUGCUAGACAAGAUCAAAGUGUAUUUCAACGUGGCGUGGGACGAGGCUGGACCUGGAGCAGAUCCGGAUAUAAUCAAGCCAGGAGAUGACCACCAACUACCGCAACAAACCCAAGACACCGGUGCCGCGUCUUCGUUCUCUCUCCCGCCUUUCGCGGAGUGUUUGCUCCCGGUCAGGGCAAGAAGGGACGAUGCGAGGAUGAGUCCGCUAAGCUUCACCUACGCCGAGCUUUUUGCCGGCAUUGGGGGUUUCCGAGUUGCGCUCGACGCUCUCGGAGGAGAAUGUGUCCUCGCAGCGGAAAUUGAUAAGGAUUGCAGAGACGUUUAUGGCACAAUCUUUCACGAACACGAGGAGGAAUCGUCAGAUGCCGGUGGCGGGAAGAACGCGGCUGCACUAAAGAUGAACGGGCACCAAACUACUUCUACAGCAAGUCAAAGUCAAACGAUCAAUUUUCCUACCGACGUGCGCGAAAUACCGCACUUACCAGAAAACACCGACCUGCUUGUCGGUGGCUUUCCCUGCCAGCCGUUCUCGCGUCUGGGGGAGCAGCAUGGAAUUGCCGAGGAGGCACGACGAGGUCGACCGACGAGAAGCAAGAAUUUUGGAGGCGAAGAUAAAAAUGGCGAAGGUGCGCAUCAUGAUUCUACGAAGCGUGGGGAACUUUAUCUCGAGAUUGUGCGGUUAUUGCAGAAGGAAAUUGACGAGGAAGCCGCGGUUCCACAUAAUACUACGACAGGCUCAACAUCAGACACAGAGGACGCAAUAAGGAUGAACGAAAAGCGCCGCCGACGUCUAGCGCCCACUGUGAAGGCGUUUAUCCUGGAAAACGUUCCAGGCUUGCUGGAGACGAACAACGGAGCAGAUUUCGAGGAAAUCAAAUCCGCCUUCGAGUGCAACGGGCUGUAUAACGUUUCCUGCAAAGUUUUGGACGCGAAGCACCUCACGGCACAGAGAAGGAGACGGCUGUUUUUUGUCGGGAUAGCGAUAGCGAACGAAGAUUUUUUUCGGGCAGGGGACAAGGUCGCUACUUGUGAUGGUAUUUCUGCUGGUCUUCAUCCUGCAAGAGAAAUUGACAUGAGCGGGGGUAGUUCCUGCACCAUGUUGAUCGGGAAAAAUCAAGGCCGUCCAACGAACGUCUUCAAAUUUCCAAAUCUGGAAGAAAUUUUCGAAAACGAAACGAGGUCGUUUCUGAGUUUGAGCCAAGUCAUCGAUCACGGAGAAGACGGAAAGAAGCUCACUGACGACCCUAUGGAAGAACUACCUGGAGAUGCCGUUCCUAGCAGACGACAUCUUCAGGCAGAGUCGCUCUCUAAUGCUCAGCUUCGAGCGCUGAUGCAAACAGCUGCGUGGAAGCGUGAUUUUCGGAAUCUGUUGCUUUUUGUACCUUCGGAAACCACCUAUUUUCCCUCACCUCCGCCCGCCUUCUAUCACACGAAAGCCGCGCCACUUGUGUCCCACUACGGCCACCACUGUUCCAACGGAAACUCCCAGCUGGUGGCGCAAAAUCUCCCGAAUAAUCCCAGGCUCUUCACGGUCGAAGAGUGUUUGCAGCUCAUGGGGUUUCCAAAGUGGUACCAGAAGCGGUUUCUUAGCGCGGUCAUAUUAGAGAAAACUCAAACUUCUUCUGAUGGUGAAUAUGCUUCUGGUGGUGAAGAUGUUCUUGCUGCGCCCGAGGUCGUGGGCGAGCUGCAUGUGCAAGACGCGAAGCGGCGUCGCAUGUGCUACCGGAUGAUUGGAAAUGCAGUGGCGCCGCCGGUAAUUGCGGCGAUAGCAGAGCAGGUGUUGGAGUUUGCUGGAAUAGCAUGCAGGCAGGGUGCUGGCACCUCUGGUACACCAGCUCCUCAAGAACAAACCAAUGACGCCUCGCAUAGGAAAUUUCACAUGACAAGAUUGCUGGCGUUGGAUGCAGUGCGAAGGCUAUGAACGGUCUGGCAUGCUGAUGCUCCUCGUCUUCGAUGCCGAUGUAAAGAAAACUACGUGACAAUUUCUGCUACAGCGGCAAUUUUGAUACAGCGACCAUUCUAGAGCGAGCAAUUUCGCCACACCGACAGGAGUUCUUGCGAGAAGAAAAUGAAAACGCUAC